ACAUUACCAUAUCUCAGUCUGCCGAAGCCAUUUUAUCUACAUCACAUAACUACCUAAGGUACCCCUAGGUAAUAAACCGCCUACUCAGAGAGACACUACGGCAACGAAGUACCUGCUAUGUAAACAAAACCCUACUGACAGGGAUAUGAGCUGUAAGCUAAAGCUGAGAUUGAUGACGUAGGAGCUCUUCGAAUUAGGUACCUGACAGAGGUACAUAGUAACAAAAAAAUAAUAGGUCUGCUUUACCUGGUUUUAUCUUAUCUUGAAUCUGCUUCCAACUUUCAAGAAUAAUCCAUAAACCUUUGACUAAUCAAGUGCGCGAAAAUGGCGUCAAUGUUCCAGAAAGCCAGCACUUUCUUGGGCGGCGGUGACGGAGACGAUCCAAGGAAACAGGACGAGGAAGGCGAGUCGCUCACAAGCGUACUAGAAACGGACGAAGACCGCAGCUCACUCACAAUCCUCGUUUCUGAGAUUACCGAGCUUAUGCGCAGACGACUCGUGGAUACUUUUGAUCCCAAGCAAACGGGUUCUCAAGACGACCACCUUUCUGCGCUAGCAAGUGACAAUUGCAGUGAAUCGGAAAAUCUUGAAAUGCUAAGCGACGAGGAACAAGAGAAGAGGGCGCAAAAGGUGCUUGAGAAGCAAAAGGCCGAGUUUGCGAAACGCGAAAAGGAGGUUAGCAAAGAGGAAAUGGUCACGCUCAAGGCGAGCGCGCUGGAGUUCUUCGAUGGCUGGAGAGACGCGGUCGUGCUCCGCGUCGGGGAGGUCGUCAACUCCAGGAAAACAGCCGCGAAACAAUCAAAGCAAGCCGAUCCAGAACUCGCGAGCUCGGAAACCGAACCUGGACUAGAGGGCGUCGAGGCUGACGAGCACGAGGAUACGAUCGCCAAAGCGCUGUUAAAGACGUAUCCCCCCGUCGAAACCGCGCUGUGCAAAAUUCCCAAGGAGAAGCGAAUCCUAAUCCUCCACUCCGUGCUCCUGCUCCUGCUGAGCCUGGAGCACUACAACGCCUACUCCCGGGUCCUUCUUCUGCACCUAACCACGAGCCUGGGCCUCUCCGCCACGGUGCUCGCGGAGGACGAGACGAAAGUCGCUCAUGGGCUCCUCUCGGCGGCCGAGAAGAUGUCGGCCGACGAUGAGACGAAGAAAAGGGCGGAGGAGAACCGCACCGCGCGAAGAUGGAAGAUGGGCGUCGCGGGGGUCGCCGGCGCCGCCCUCAUCGGUAUUACCGGCGGGUUGGCUGCUCCCCUCCUAGCUUCCGGCUUGGGUACCGUGCUGGGGGGGAUCGGGCUCGGUGCUACCGCUACGGCGGGCUACCUGGGAGCGUUAGCGGGGAGUGGUGUCUUGGUAGGUGGUCUAUUCGGGGCCUAUGGCGCUAAAAUGACGAGUAAAGCUAUGGAGAAAUAUACUCGGGACGUGGAAGACUGCGCAUUCGUACCUAUCGAGAGGCCGGGGAAAACCGAGAUCGAAGCGCGUCGUCUGCGGAUCGCCAUUGGCAUUUCCGGCUGGCUGGACGACAAAGACGAUGUAGUCAAGCCGUGGAAAUGCAUCGGCUCGGGCCAAGAAUCAUUCGCUCUACGGUUCGAACUGGAUGCGCUGAUCAAUCUGGGGAACGCGCUUACAACACUGGUCACUUCGGCAGCGUGGUCCUACGCGAAGUCUGAGAUCAUUAAGCGUACUGUUUUCGCGGCGCUGUCCGCUGGCUUGUGGCCGCUAGGCUUAGUGAAAGCCAGUCAUAUCAUCGACAACCCCUGGAGCAUCGCCAACCAGCGCGCCCAGAAAGCCGGCGAAGUCCUCGCCGACGCGCUUAUCAACAAAGCACAAGGCGAGCGACCCGUCACGCUCAUCGGGUACUCCCUCGGUGCCAAGGUCAUAUACGUAUGCCUGCAGCAGCUCGCCAAGAGGCAAGCCUUCGGCAUCGUCGAGAAUGCGAUCAUGCUCGGCGCGCCGACGCCCAGCAGUUCCGCGGACUGGCGGCGCAUCCGGUCCGUCGUCGCAGGCAGGGUCGUCAACGCGUACAGCGCGAACGACUACAUCCUCGCGUUCCUGUACCGGAGCAGCAGCAUCCAGUUCGGCGUCGCGGGCUUGCGUCCCGUCCUCGACGUCCAGGGGGUCGAGAACGUCGACGUCGGCGAUCUAGUCAAGGGCCACACGUUAUACCGUCACGCGACGGCGCCGGUCCUUAAGCGUAUCGGCUUCGAAGACAUUGACUUGCGGGAGAUUAGGCGCGAAGAGGACCGGUUGGCGGAGCAGGAGAAGAAGGAAGAGGAGCAGCGGAGGAGUGCUGAGAGCGGCGGUGAAAAAGAGGGCGCUGAUCCAGAGGUUGGCGAGGGAGAGGACCGAGAGGUCAGGAGAAUGGAACGAGAUGUUGAGCAGAUGAAGGUAUCGGAGUAGGUGUACUGGAUCAAGGUAAAAGGCAAUUGACUCGGCACUCUCAGAGAUAUCUAUCAUACAUCAAUAUGAAUUACAUUCGUUCGCAACCAACUCCUGAGAAUACUCUAUUCCCUACUUGAGUUAGUACCUUAGAUUCGCCGACCCCGGUGGAAAAGAAUGUAGGUAUAACUAUACUUCUCGUAUUUAAACCAUAAUAACAUGUAAUUUCGCCCCUUUCUCAAUUUACGUAGAUAGUUCAUCUCUGCGGGCAAUGAUCUCC